UGUUCAUGACUUUUAGUAAUCCUCCUGAGUGGUCCAAACAAGUAGAGUAUACCUUCACUGGAAUUUAUACAUUUGAAUCAACUGUAAAAAUCAUUGCCCGUGGAUUCUGUAUAGAUGAUUUCACAUUCCUUAGAGAUCCAUGGAACUGGCUGGAUUUCAUGGUCAUCUCAAUGGCGUAUAUAACAGAGUUUGUAAACCUAGGCAAUGUCUCAGCUCUGCGCACGUUCAGAGUUCUGAGGGCAUUGAAAACAAUUUCUGUAAUCCCAGGUAAGAGA